CUCGUUCCUCCCAGUCCCUUACUUGCCGCCGUUUUGUUUUUCUAUCCUGCUCCUUAAUAUCUAAUCUUCUCAUCGAAAUCUCCAACAAAACUGGCCUCACUUUGACACAACCCCAUCAAGACUUCCGGCAAUGUCAAUGCAGGUCCAGGAACAGGCCCGACAUCCCAGACGUCAGGACACCUUCGACCUCCGUGGCGAAAUCCAAACAGACGACGCAGUCCAGAUGCACGCGCACGCAGAUGCUGCUCACUACGGUGGCACGUCAGACGAGGAGCACUCCGUCAUGGAGGAUGACUCGGACGGCGACGAGCGCGACGUCGACUACAUAGACGACGACGAUGGCUCCUCUUCCCUCUCCAUCCCCAACGAGAGCAUCGACUUUGACCUCGUCUACUCCCUCCAUAGCUUCGCCGCCACCGUCGAGGGCCAGGCGAGCGUCGUCAAGGGGGACAGCCUGUUCUUGAUGGACGACAGCAACUCUUAUUGGUGGCUCGUCAGGGUGCUCAAGACGCAGGACGUGGGCUAUAUACCAGCGGAGAACAUUGAGACGCCGUUUGAGCGUCUCGCAAGGCUUAACAAGCACCGCAAUGUCGAUCUCGCCCAACCCACCUCCCGAGAACUUCAAGACGACGUCGACCGCAUCCGCGUCAACCUCAACUCUCACAACGGCUCUCAUGCAACCACCCCCUCGCCUACCCCCGGCGCACCCGCCAACACUCAGCCCGCCCCCGCUCCGGCCCCGGCCCCCGCAGCUGCUAAUAUUAGCGCCGAACAACGUGCCCUCCAUCGGCGCACCGUCAACUUCACCCCCUCCAUGUCCGUGCACCGCUACCCCCCGGCCGUGUGGAACGAAGAGGAAGAGGAAGAAGAGGACAUCGAGUGGGACGACGACGCGUACGAGGAGGAGGACACCGAGCUCGCGCAGGAGCAGCUCCGCGAGCAGCAGGCGCGGGAAGCGCAACGCGCGCAGGAUGCAGAGAUUCGCCGGCGCGGGCAGCCUCUGUCUCCCGAGAACGGCGGAGUGAACAUGAUGGAGCCGGAUGACGGGAUGGGCUGGGAUGAUAGUGCGACGCAGGAGAUUCAGGCGAGGAACGCCGCGCAGAGGAUGGCUCAGGGUGCGGGAGCGGGCGGGCCGCCGGAGGCGCUGAGGCCAGCUGGGGGUCAGUCGCCUCAGCAGCAGGCGCAGGCGCAGCUGCAGGUACAGGCGCAAGCGCAAGCCCAGCAACAGCGGAUGCAACAGCAGCAGCAGCAGCAAGCAGAACUCAUGCGUCGCCAGCAAGAACAGCUCCAGCUCCAGCAGCAGCAGGCCGCCGCGAACGCCCAGAUGGCGAUACAGCGCGACCCCGCGAUGGCGGAUACCUUGGAGACUAAGAAGCUCACUGUGACGCCUUCGAUCGCGCGUGACGAUGGUAGUGGGCCGCUGUUGCCCAGCGCGAUCAUGCAGAAGCAGGAGGAUGACCGCAAGCGCACGCGCGAGGAGAUCGAGGCGCUCGAGGACGCGGCGCGCAAGAAGGCCCGCGGCGGCAAGUCCGGCGCUGUCUCGCCCUCUGGCACCGUUUCCCCCAGCCCUGGCUCCGCUCCCGGUGCGCGUCAAGGCGCUGCAGCACCAGGCUCUGGCGGCGGAAAACUGCGCAAAGAGCGGAGCAAUGACACCACCGACGAUGAGGGCAGCGGCAAGGAGAAGAAGAAGAAGGGCGGCGUGUUCGGCAUCUUUGGGCGGAACAAGAACAAGAACAAGGACAAGGCUUCGCCCUCCUCCUCUCACACUGGCUCGAUCGACGCGGGUAACACGAGUGGGCCCGAGGGCAUCGUCGGGCGCAACUCAAUCGACAGCGGGCGGUCGAGCAGCACCGUGCAGCACGGCGGUGUAGAUGGCCAACAGCUAAUGAGCCCGACAACAGCGAGCGCGAUGGCGCACCAGCAGCAGGUGAUCCGUGCGUCUGAGGAGAACAAGAUGCAGACGCCGAUGCGCCCUGGCCCUGGCCAGCCCGGCGCGCAGCAGGGCCUGCAGAACCCGCAGACACCACCGAGCCAGCAGGCCCAAGUGUCCCAGCACGCCUCGCAGCUGCUCCAGCGCGACCGGGCGCUGUACCAACAGUACCUAAACCGCUCGCCAUCGUCUCCGCCUGAGGCGCCCUCUCUGGGCCUGUGGAGCGCAUCAGCUGUGCUUGGCGCCAACGGAUCGAGCGCUACACCCACUAGCGGCAGCGGCAACGCGACACUUUCUCCGGGCGGCUUCGCGCCCAACGUUACUUCCACGCCUAAUGGCCCCUCCCAAGCCCCCGGCCCCGGCCCCGGACAUGGCCAUACCCACAGCCACACGUCGUCGUCUUCGCAAUCAGGCUUGGGCCUCCCCUUCCCAGGCAGUGGCAGCAUCGGCAGCGCCGGCGGCGGAAGCAUGGGCCGCGCGCGUCCCGCGUCGCUCGUGCUGCCCUCCGCGUCCACGGACGGCACUGGCCCCGGUAUCGCAGACCUGAGCGUCAUCCGCGUUUUUGCGGGGAAGAACGUGCAGACGGAGGCGACGUUCAAGACGGUCUUGCUCAACGCGUCGACGUCCUCGGCGGACCUCGUGCGGCAGGCCGUGCAGCGCUUCCGCCUGCCGGCGGGCGAGGACGACGCGCGCAACUACUAUCUCAGCGUGAAGCAGCUUCCUGGCGGCGCGUGCGCCGCGCUGCGCGGGGACGAGGCGCCGCUCACGCUGUUUGAGCGGCUGGUCGAGGAGGCGAAGAGCGCGGAGGAGCUGCCGACGGUGCGCCGGAGCAGCGUGGGGAGCUUGAGCUCGGUGCGGAGCGAUCUGUCGAUGCACCCUGCGAUCAAGAAUUUGCAGAUGAACGACUUCAGCGACGACUCGGCGGUCAAGUUUUUCCUGAACAAGCGCGGGCCGGCCGGGGACGAGGAGAUGGACGAGGAGUUUGGCGUGCUCGGUACGGGUAUGCGGAUGGGGGGAGGGGACACGACGAUGGAGGCGGUGGAUGCGGGGAGCGUGUCGUCGCUGUCGUACGCCGGCGAGGCGGGCGAGGACUUGUCGUUCAGCAGCCCGAGCUACAGGUUUGCGGUGCAGCUUGUGGUUUAUCCGGAGGAUCUGCCCGAGGAUAUGGCGUUCGACCCGCAGACGGAGGCGAUCGUGUUCAAGAGCAUGCUGCGCGAUCGGGAUCGUCAUCAUCAUAGCCACCAUGGAUCGCGCAACCACCAUGAUCAUGGAUCGAUGUCCUCGACGGCGUCGGGUGUGUCGCCGCAUUUGCGGAGGAAGGUGUUCUCGUUCCCGAAGAACGCUAUUGUCGCGGAGGCGAUCGAGCUUGGGCUGGAGCGGUUCGGGAUUGUGGAAGGUGUUGUGGAUGGAGGCGAUGAAGUUGAGGAUAAAAUGACGAAACGCCGGAGCUCGAGCAAGGUUCGGUAUUGGCUGACGGCGAGCUUCAAGGGGCAUGCAGAGCGCGAGCUCGCCCCCUCGAGCCGCAUCGUCGACGCGUACCCGCACCCAGGCCCGCACUUCAAGGCCGUCGACAGGCGUGCGGACAAGCGGCGCUCCAUCGAUUCGGCGCAGCUCCUCGGCAACAUCGAGGACGUUGGCCCCGAUGACCCCGUGUUCAUUCUCCGGCGCGCGGUGUCGUAUCGCCAUGCAGGCUCGCGCCACCGAUCGUCUGCACCACUGGACGACGUUGCGCUCCGGCACCUGCGCGACUCGAUCUCGGGCACGGACAAGGAGAAGGAGAAGGAAAAGGAAAAGGAGGCCGCCAGGGAAGCGAGAGAAAGAGAAGCUGCCGCUAAGGAAGGAGGCGCGGCCUCCCCGACAAAACAAAUGUCCCGCCAGGAGCUCAUCGCGGCCCAACGCGCAGCUUCGCGCGAAAAGCAACGCGCGGUGCUCAGCACGCAGCAGAACGACGCGCGCGGCAUCGACGUCGUUCUUCCUGGGAAUGUUGUCCUUCGUUCCUCGCGGCUUACUGGCCCGGGCGGUGCUCCUGGAACCAUGCGGUACUCGUACAUUCAAGAUGGGGAGUCCUUUGAUAUAUCCGAUAUCGUCGAAGAGGAGCUAAGGGGCGACCGCGGUGCGCGUUCUCCGCAGAACAACGGGCGGAGCAGCGCGAGCCCGCAUUCGCGCUCUGGAUCGAGCUUGGGUUCGGGCUCAGGUUCGCCUUCGGGUGGAGACCUCCUUGCUGGGCUAACGAGGCAGGGAUCAAGUGGAGGCGCGAACGAGCAGCUGCUGGGGAGGGUACUCAACAAGAUCAGGGACAAGGACGGUAACCUUUCUUCGAGGCUCGUGCCCAGCCGGGCGCCCCAUUCAGCGAACAGCGUGUCAAGCGAUCUUAGCUCGCAGCAGAGCCAGUACUCCGUCGACGACGAGAGCUUCGCUGCACGGAGUGACGCUGGUACCCCAACGCCUGGAAGGCCAGGUUCGGCUUCCCCGAACCAGAACCAAUACCAGGGCCAGCGAGUUGCGUCGCCAGUGCUAUCGGACCGCACCGCGCGUACGCCAACGCCGACAAUGAUCGACACGCGCAACGUCUCCCCCCAUAUCCAGGCCCAGAACCAGUCUCACCCUCACAAAGCACCGUCGCCCGUCCCGCGCGGCGUGCUCAACAGCAACGCGCGCAAGCCCUCCUUCGGGAGCGUCAUGUCCGAGGCAUCCGUGUACGCCACCCCGACCGCGGGGCUCAGCAGCCCCGAGCCCUCCUCGGACGACUACCACGGCCCAGUGCUGCGCUCGCAGUCGCAGCUCCCCUCCGAACAGGCGCACUCCCCACAGCCGCAGCUGAGCCAGGGCGCGCAGGCGCAGGCAGGGAGGCGAGUGCCUGCCAUCCCCGCAGACGACUUUGGCAUCUCGCACAUGAUGGCGAUCAUCCACCUCAACGCGCGGCGCGCAGCCGCUGCCUCCGCCUCGAACCCGGACGGAUUCGGCGUAGACAGGUCCGCGAGCCGCAUGACGGUCGGCCGGUCAGAGAUCGUCGCGGCGGACCCGGUGGAGGAGAUGCUGUUUGGCAAGACGGUGGACGUGCAGGCGCUGCACCCCGACGUGAGACGGAUAUACGCGAGCUCGUUCGAGCAGCUUGCUGAGAUGGACAAGACGCUAGACGAGUACUUGCAGCAGGCGCUCAGGACCUACUAAUUAUUGUUCCUUUUCUUCCAUGAAACUAUAGUUUGGAUGGGGUGUAUAGAAGGGGAUUGGAUGGUCUCGUAACAUAUACGCACACGCUCGUUUUUUCCUUCUUCUAUUUGUUCGUUUAAUAUUAAUUGUCUCUAGUUCUGCUCGUUAUUUAUUCAUGAUUCCCCUCCUUUAGUACCCUAGUACACUGCUAUACUAUAUUUAUCGUUAUUUGAAUAUACGUGCGCACAAAUAGAGAAGUUCGGCUCGUGCUAUACCACGAAAGAGCAAGCAAGCGGUGAACGGACAUACAUUAGCGACUGUAACACCCCUCACGCGCAUGUCAGAUGCAGCGUGCCCGGUCCCUCGUCAUGCGACUCCAACACCAAACUCCGUUCCCCAAGCAUCUCCACCACAUCGCCUUUGACGUCCCUACUGUUGUCCCCGAGUCCUCUCUCCUCAUCAUCUCCAUCAUUUCCUCCCGCGCCACCAGCGCGUCCGGCCUUCAGCUGCGCGCACCGCGCGGGCAGAUCCGAGCCGUGCAGCGCCGCAGCGACGUUCACGAGCGUGAACUGCGCGUCGCGGCCCCUGCGGAAGUGCGCGACGACGACGAUGGCGGAGAGGAAGACGAACAUGAGCGUGCUGACGACGACGUGCGGGAGCGAGGACGCGAAGACGAGGCGCGGGGAGGAGAUGCGCCCGGGCACGUAGGCGGUGCCGAGUUUUCCGGAUGUAUAUGUUUUUGCAGCGCCAACCACCAUCUUCCCGUACGUCGUGCUCAGCUCCGCCUCCCCCAACGGCUUAAUGCUCCGCGGCUGCCCCGCGCCCGACCCGGUUCCCCCGUACCCACUCGGCAGCGCGUCUACCGCGUCCUUCCCAAACACAAAAUGCGCCUGCGUGAGCGACCCGAGCCCGCCAUACUGAUACAGCAGCGUGCUCGUCGGCCCAGCCGCGCUCCCGAUCUGGCUGAGCGCGAGCGAGAAGAGCGACGCGCUCUGCGCCGGGUGCAGGUUGCCCUGCCGCGGCAUCUGCCCUCCUCCCCCCUUUCCUGUGGCGGCGCCAGAGGACGGGGGACUCGGAGGCUGCACGGCGAUACCGCCGAGCCCGUCGCUGCGCACCUCGCGCGUCUCGACGGCUGCGUUCGGGCGGCACGCGAGGAACGCGAGUGUCCAUGUCUGGUCGCGGCCUUUGACUGAGUAGUGCGGUAUCUCCCCGCCGCCGCUGGAGUUGGAGUUGGAAAAAUCGAUAUCCAGCAAGCCAGAGGCGCUGCUGUUGAGGGCCUCGCAGCCGGCGGUGCACUGUCCCACCAUCCAGACGGACGAGCCGUCGGUGGGCGGGGCGCCGGUGCUGUGGUUGACCAAGGCGGUGUACGGGUCGAGGUCGUAGAUGAGCGCAUUCGUCGAGUCGGUUUGGGUUAAAGGCGCAACCCCACCCGGAACACCCACAUCCAACCCCAUCCCCAUCAGCU